UCUGCAGCAUCGCCACAUCACACUGACUCGAGGGGCAGGACCAUUUAAGGCAGACUGACAGCUUGCCUCUCGCAGGUAACACAGAGAAUCUCCGGCCAGACCCCACAUAGCAGGAACUGUUGAGCAGCGGAACCAGAAACGAUGUCUGCUGGGCUAGAGAUUGUGGGGAUCGCCCUGGGCGUGGUGGGGUGGAUCAUCGGCAUUGUGGCCUGCGCCAUGCCCAUGUGGAAGGUGACGGCUUUCAUCGGGAGCAACAUCGUGACGGCGCAGGUGAUCUGGGAGGGCCUGUGGAUGAACUGCGUGACACAGAGCACCGGGCAGAUGCAGUGCAAGGUGUACGACUCCAUGCUGGCCCUGCCCCAGGACCUGCAGGCGGCCCGCGCCCUCACAGUCAUCUCCAUCAUCGUGUCCGUGCUGGCUGUCCUGAUCUCCAUUGUGGGGGCCAAGUGCACCAACUGCAUCGAGGACGAGGCGUCGAAGGCCAAGGUGAUGAUAAUCGCCGGCAUCUUCUUCAUCGUGGCUGGAGUUAUGCAGCUGGUUCCCAUGUGCUGGACCGCCAACACCAUCAUCAGGGACUUCUACAACCCCCUGCUGACCGACGCCCAGAGGAGGGAGCUGGGCGCGUCCCUCUACAUCGGCUGGGCAUCGGCUGCCCUCCUGAUCAUUGGAGGGGCCAUGCUGUGCUGCUCCUGUCCACCCAAAGAAGAGAAGAGGUACAACCCCUCCAGGAUGGCUUACUCUGCCCCACGCUCAACAGGCGGGGCAGGCUAUGACAAGAAAGACUAUGUUUGAAUGACCCAAACUGCACUCUCCUGUCAGGAAUUUUAACCUCCCCCCCCCCCCCCCCCCCAAAACCCCCAACUUCCUUCGCCCUUUUAUGCGGUAGAAAGUGAACGCUAAAACGGGCACCAUGACAGACUCCGCAAUGAAGGGAUAUGUCUGCUAUUGCUUUUUGCUUGUUUGUGAUCUGUUGCAGCGCAUUUCUUUUCAAAGAGCCAUCAAGCUUGACCUGUAUCUCAUCUGCCCUCUCUGUGUCAGGUAGAAGGUAAAUGCUGGACACUGUGAGAGGACUUCCUGCUACAUUUACUUUUACUGAAAACAUGGAACUUAUGUUCAUGUUACAUUUACUUAUAUGGGAAACUGUUUAUGUGUGUGUAAAAUGAGUAAAACACUCGAACAAAUGAAAUAUGUUACUUACUUGUGGAUGUAAUAGCUAUAACUGACUGUGGAUGCUUAUCUGUAUGAUGUAUAGUGUACGUGCUACUCUGAGCAAUUAAUUUAUUUGAUUUUGUUGAUAAAAACCUAAAAAGCUACAAAGAAUUUCAAAAUGUGAAAAAAAAAUUUAUAUCAAAAAUGCAUUUCUAUAACAUUAUACAACAUACGAUUUCACAUUUGCAUGGAAGUACUUAUGUUCCUGUUACUGUCUGAAAUGUCGCUAACAAAAUUACGGAAGGAGCGGAUGAGAUCAAUGUGAGCAUAUCAUCUGCGAAACAGUAAUAUAUUAUGCUUUCUCCUCACAUGCCUGUCGCGGUUUUUGGCAGUAUAAACUGUAUAUAUUUGUUGUUAAAUAGGCUGUGCUGUUUUUUGUCACAUUUCUUAUUUGUUUUGUUGAGUUUUUAUUCCACAGCACGUUUUGUAGCUGUGGCCUUAAUACGGUUUUGAAAUUGUAUACAUGUUUUGUUGUCAGGUCCUAAAGGGUGAAUAUCAUAUCCUGUGAACACAGUGCAGUCUCCUGAGCUUUGAGUCUCAGAGACUAGCUGGUGUAUUUUACACAAAGAUCCCAAAGCUGUUCGGUGAAGGAGCACAGCCAGGAAGCACACAGGGGGGAGAUUACUUUUCACUGCGUAUGGAAAGCAGGCUGCCGGCACACCUGUGCACAGCCAGAGUGCCACUGCUAUGCGUGUCCUCCAUUUCAAAUGGGAGAUUCUGACCCUGUUUUGCUGUUUUUAUUUUUCAAUAAAUCAAUUGCUAUGUUUG